GUUAGAAAAUGUCAUCUUUGCCUCCUCCAGAUCCAAACUCAGAUGACUUAAUUUCAGAAACGGAGGAGUCAGAAACUGAACAGUUGAAAUUUCUCUCUGAGAAAGUGGCUGAAAAUGCAAAAUUGGCAGUUGAUGCUGAUCGUAAGGGCGAGACUGAUUUCGCUUUCUAUCGUUACAUUGACGCUAUUGAGGCCUUAAAAUUGUUGUUAAUGCAUGUAAGCGGCGCCUCAGGAGGAACUGCGGUGUCGGCAAAUGUCCCGAGAGAUGACGGGGGAGCGAGAAUGAAUGACUCAGGUGCUGUUGAAAUGAUGAAGCGUAUGGAACAGUAUUUGACUCGAGCGGAAGAACUGAAACAGUCAAUGAAUAAACCUGCAGUUAUCAGAACUGAAGAUGAGAGGGUGCUGGAACAUGUGCGCAGUGUGUUGAGUGAGGCGAUGGACGAAGACGAGGCAGUAGAGUGGGACAGUGCAUUGGAACUGUACAGUGAAGUUCUGGACUUCGCGGGGCAGCUUUUGCAACAGAGGAGGGACAAAGGAGAAUUGGGGGAGCAGUUUGAAACUGAUCUGAAGAAACUAGUUCGCAUCGCGUUUGAGAGGGAGCGAGACAUCAAACAAAGCAAACUAGGACACGACAGAGUUCAGUCUACUUCGGUUGGUGCGGCUGCGAGUCGGGCCAAUGGAACUGCCUCCACCUUCACGGAAGAGGAGCUGCGAGUGCUUCAGCUGACAUCCACCAUCAACUGCCAGCUGUUCGUCCCAUUCGUUUCACAAGAUGCUGCCCAGCGCUUCUCAUCACGACAGAAAUUCAAAGAUCCCGACGGUCUGUUGACUCUGAAUGAGAAAAUGAGGCGCCAGUUCACUAAGUGGGUGCGGCCCAGUGACGUCAUGAGUCAGCCCCAGAUGAUCAUGCAGAUAUCUCCCUUCUCCCUCAAACAGACAGUGGUGCCCAACUGCAGCUUCGUGUCCGCACUCACCGUCUGUGCAAACUACGAAGCCAAAUGGAAAAAGCAGCUCGUUACAUCUAUCAUAUAUCCUCAGAAGAACAGAGUGCCUAUUUACAACCCAUCUGGAAAGUACAUGGUCAAGCUACACUUCAACGGCUGCAGACGAAAAGUCAUAGUGGACGACCUCCUUCCUUACAGCUGGCAAUUAAUGUGUGCUACAUCAACUAACAGGAAUGAACUAUGGGUGUCGAUAGUUGAAAAAGCAUUCUUGAAAGUGAUGGGCGGUUAUGAUUUUCCGGGAUCUAACUCCUCGGCUGAUCUAUAUGUCUUAACAGGCUGGGUUCCAGAACGCUACAACUUGAAGGACUCUUCGCUUUCAUCGUACAAGAGUCCGGAGGACUUUUUCGACAUGAUUCUGAAGUAUUUCAAAGCUGGAAACUGUCUCAUUAAUUUUGGAACAGGUGCUCUCACUAAUGAACAGGAAAAGAUGUUGGGACUUGUUACCCAACAUGGCUAUGCGUGCCUCGAUCUAGUGAACUACAAGGGCCGCCGGAUGGCUCUGCUGAAGAAUCCUUGGGCUCACACUAGCUGGAAGGGCGCCUUCAGCAAAGAGGACACAACUAACUGGACGAGGGAAAUGAAAAUGGCACUCAAUUUUGACCCGACUAGCUUGAAGUACGUCGACAACGGAGUUUUCUGGAUCUCAUUCGAAGACAUGAAGAGAUAUUACGACUCCUGUUCUGUCAGUUGGAACCCAGACUUCUUCCCACAUUGCCAGAUAUUCCACCGAACAUGGUCAUGCAACGAGGGUCCAAAGAAACAGAGCUAUUCACUAUCUAAGAACCCUCAAUACGUGUUAACGAUAGAGGUCAUAAGUCAGGCUACAGUUUGGCUUCUGUUGUCAAAGCACAUUACAAAAAAGAGUGACUUUGCGGAUAAUCAUAUCUACAUGGGCUUGGAGGUGUUCAAAAAGGGAGGCAAAAAGGUCUAUUAUGCAGAGAAGCCUCUGUUACAGAGUGUUCAGUCCAACGCCAUGAACACUCUUGUAAAGCUAAGAGAAACAUCGAAAGGUGUGCAUCACUACACAGUUGUCGUGUGUCAGUAUGAGAAGAGUGAAGAUCUACAUUACACUUUGAAAGUGUUCAGCAUUGUGCCUAUUGUGUCCAUGCGUGAGCUGCGUCCCCUCCCUCACCAGUACAGCAGCAGCGGACAGUGGGACCACUCCAAUUGCGGUGGUCCUCACGGGGACAAACCGAAUCCCUGCUACAGAGUUGAGAUCGGGUCUCCUAACAGCGAUGUCAAGUGUCGACUAGCAGUGGAACUGAAGGCGAGCAAGAACUUCGGAAUAUUCGUCCUGAUUGAAAAUGUUUCAUUGCAUCAUCGCAAGAACACGGAUGUUUUCAAACCAAUUUACCCGUCGAGUGGAGUGACGCGUGAGUACCGCAGUGCCUACUUUGUAUUCGACGAUACCAUCCAAUCUGGAGUAUACAAGCUGACUCUCUCGACUUACCAGAAGGACCUCACUGGGCCAUACAUUUUGGACAUAGCCUCCACUCUUCCCCUUAAAGUCACGCCUUCUAACGCAGUUUCUACGACGUCUAAAACCAAAUGA